UUACGAAAGCUCUGGCAAGUUCAUAGCCUUGAAGAGUUCAAGGCAGUCUUCAUUGAUUAUGUUGAAUGCCAUUACUGGGCCUACAAAGAGGGCAAAGCACUUCAUCGUGAUAUCAGCGACAACAAUCUCAUGGGGUGCAGAGACGAACACGCAGUCGUCGGUAUAUUGAAUGACUGGGAUAACGCAUCUGAAGUCGAAGAAGAUGGUACGGUGAUGUCGUCCAAAGCUCUCCAGCGCACCGGAACGAGGCCAUUUACGGCUCUUGACUUGCUUGUUACGAACACACCAUCCCACUUGUACUGUCACGACCUGGAGUCCUUCCUUUAUAUUCUCGUAUGGGCUGGACUUCAUUACAACCUCAAAGACCGUCAACGCCAAAUCAAGGACCAUCCCGCCGUUAUGAACUGGGACGCGCAAGACCUCGAGAGGGCUCACGAUGCCAAGAAUUUCUUCCCUACUAUGUGGCCCUACUAUCAGCGCAUCAUCACAGGGUUCAACGACGAGUUUCGACCACUCAUACCUGGUUGGAUAGAUCCAUUACGCCAAAUGUUCGGUCGCGCAGUCAGAGAGAAGGACGACACAGAGGCCAAAGCAAUGGUGUUUGGUCAGCAAGAUGCCUACGAUAACGCGACGUGCAAUGGGCAGAUAACAUUUGAAAACAUGGCUGUUCUUCACGCUGAGCCCCGCUCGCUGUCCAAUGAAGAAACGACGACUCAUCCUCCCACAGAAGAGAAAUCUAAUUAA